UUAUUGAAACACUGUUGUGGGCAAACAACAGUGUGUCCUUCAGUCUGUUUUUAGGGGCGCUUCGUCAACCAAGAAUCAGCGUUGGUUUGAAAGAAAAGCGUUCUUUUGUGGACCAUGGCAGCAAAGAUUUUCCCCGUCAUCAAACUGGCCACGAAGGUGACCCUUGCAGGAGGGGCUCUUUACGUCGCCCAUGACUCCGGACUCCUGGGCACCAGCAAGCAGGGCUUCGAGGCUCUGGAGCGGGCCAGAGCGGCCAUACCGCCCGCUAUGGAGGAGUGGAUGAAGUACUUUGGCUUGGAGGCUCAGCUUCCAGCAGUGCCCAAGGUUGAGUUUUCCCCGGUCCAGGCCUGGAAUUCUGGGGUGCGGACGUCCAUUUCAGCUCUGUCGGAGGCCCCCAGAAAAGCAAGCGAAUAUUCCACCCGGGGCCUGCAAUACGUUAAAGACCUCGCCAAGUGAAACACUAACAUCCCUGGAGGCAAGCAGAUUAUUGUUAUCAAAAAGUCUUUAUCACUUUGCACUUGACUGACAUGUCCUUGAGCGUUGUUGCCUGUUGAGCAAAGGUGGGGAAGGCCAGGUAAGGCCACGUGUUUCUAGUGAGAACACAGCCAUGGAGUUAUAAAUGCAAAUAAGACCUCAGAGGAAUCGUUAUUUAAAAAAAAAGCCCACAAAUGGUCUAAGUUUAAUCAAACAUUUUUCAAGUCAUCAUAUCAUCCACUUGCAGGACUAAAAUGGCCCCUGAUAUGACAAAGGUCCCCCUGCCCCCCCCACCUCUCUUCAAAAGAAGAAACGUCCAACAAGUUAUUCAAUUCAAGAGAUGUAGGUUGUGGUAUUGUACAUAAUGCUAGAAAUAUAACAUUUU